AUGGGUGCUGUCAUCAUCGGCCAUACCACCCCUUUUGGUAUACCUGAGACGGAGACGCAAAUCGAACUUGUACGUAUUCGGAAGAUCGUGUGGAGAGUUACAACCAUGUGGUCUGCCAAACGUGGCCGUCCUCUGGAUGCGAGUAUCCAUGCUCCUGCCAAUUUGCGACGCCGUGAGCAGGCUGAGUUUGAGCGAGUGAAUCGGGCUUCUGCCGCUGAGGUCGCUCUCGAGAUCUAUCGCCAGGAAGUCGACAUCUCUUAUCAGGAUGAAGGCCUGACCCAGGCUAUCGCUGCCAUUGUUCGUAUCUUCCUCCAUCCUCGCCUCGCCUCACUCGCUUCACUUGGCUUGACUUGUGAAGCAGCUCUUCAUAUGGCAUGGUUGGAUUUCUCCGAGAAAGCUCAAGUUGACGGCAUUAAGCUCUCCAGCAAUGCCGGUACCAACCCUGCAGCCGCUGAAUUCACCCCAGCAGCCAACCCUGAGGCGAGCCCUACCGCCCCUGCUAACGCUCCCACUAUGCGUCAUGUGAGCUCCCCUCAGGAGUUCUUGGACUCCUUCAAGGCCGUUCAUACCCGUGGCUUCAAUUUGGGCGGUCAGAAGAUCGCCCCUCGACGUAUUGCAUUCAAGAAUGUUCCCGAGUGGGCUACAUACUCAGACAUGCUAUGCCUUGUUCACGGUGGUGCCGUGGAUCGCAUCUUCCGCGGCGAAGAGCACGAAUUCAUCGUUCAGUUCUGCGACGAGGAAAGCUGCACCAAGUAUCUCGAGGCCUAUCCUUCCGGCAUCAAGGUUGAAGACGACCACAUCAUCGAGGUGGUCCGGGUUUCUGGUUCGGACAAGAUCCUUCCAACCUUCACCAGUAUGAUGGAGAAUGAGGCUUCGCGUCUAGUUCGCCUGGCUCCUGUCCCCCUUGACAAGACUCUUCAGGAUCUGCACGAUUUGGCCAGCGGCCUGACCGUUGACCAUAUUCUGUACAAUGCUCGCGCUGACUGUCCCGGUUCCGCCUACUUUUUCUUCUGUGGCGUUACUCACGGUAACCGGUUCUUUACCAAAAUCGAGGAGGAGCAGCCCUGGGAUGAAUGUGAGGUCGGAUUCAUGACCGAUCCCUGCAAGACCGCCGAAGCCUUCCACGGCAACUCGAUCCCAUACCAAAUGUCCACUGCCGAGGCUGCCUGA